ACGCUGCCCCUCCAAACCAGCUGAUCUCCGGCAUCCUUGUGGAGUGGUCGCGCGUGAAUUGAGGCGGCUUUUCGCUUAUUCCCCCACGUGAAGGUUUGGAUACGCUUGCGUAGCAGCGGUGUUGCAAGCACGUUGCCGUGCGCUUCUUCUUUGUGACGUCUCGAGUGUCAACGCUGCAAGUUUCGUGUGUGCGUUUGUGUUUGUGUUGGUGCAGGGCAGUGCGCGAUCUGUGGAGUGGUGCUUGGGUGCUUUACGCGUGAACUUCCUUUCGAGGAUACGUCCGCUGUUUCCAGCAGUGAUCCGGCCGAUGACCACUGGUGUGACCUACUUGACGAAACCCCCAUUUUUCUGUCUCUUUCGAAUUCAGAAGCGGCUAACCUGAACUCAAAGCGGAAACAUUAUUGGAAGGCAUUGCUCUCUAACGAAUCGGCUUGUAUACGCCAGAAGGCACCUGUUUCCAGGUGUUACUUAGCAGAUAUUUUUCGUGCCCAUUUCUACCCAGCGAGGCACAUAUUCUAUUUCACAUUUGGAUCACAAUUCGUGGAUUCCGCAUAAGGCGUUCAGCUUAAAAAGAAUAAUACCUGUUAUCGAACGGAGCGAGGUCCGACAUGAUGUCGUUAAAGUUAACAUGCAUUGCUAAACUCCAUGUAUGAUUGAGGGGCCAAGUGUGGCAAGCGCGCUGCAGGCUGUGCCGAUCCCACUCGCACAAGACCUUUGGCAGUGGAAACCGUAGAUGAAAACCAAUGCGUACUUAGUAGAAAGGAUGUCGGAGACCUUUGAUGUAAAGUUGAGUGUUCAAACUUUGCUUUGAAGCAUCUUGAAGUAUCUCCAUCAUCGACAGUUCUUUGAAGGCACUUACGUCAAGAAAAUUACUAUCUUUGACGCUUCUGCGGAUGCCGCUGUAAAAUCUGCCCAUGCAUAAGUCUAAGAUCAAGAAUAUGUAUCUCUGAAGAAAUCUGUGGAUGUAUAUCUCAGUUGAACUUCAUUGCAGUGAAAGAGGUGAUCCGCUAGAAUAAGAAACAACUCGAGUUGCGAUACAUACGAAGAAUAGCUCUCACCCAAACGAUUGAAACUCUAUCACUGCCACUGAAGCUCAGUGCGUCAGCUGUUCGGAUUUAGAACGGCAUGUACACGGAUGUACACUGACUGGUCCUGAACUCACGAAGACUCGAUUUUCGUGACCAUAAGAAAGCUAGGUUAGGCAGAAAUUUCAAAAUACACUUUACACUACGGCAGACUCAAAGAAUGGUUGAACGCUGGGAUAACAAUGGAAAGACAAUCACAGUAGUGCUAUGGCGCUUUCCGCAAAUGUGUCCUUUUACUAUCAACAUUGCCAGAAAGAGCACAUCCGAAGCUUGUCUCUGCAAGAUGUUUAACACUGUCGAUAAUUAUUCGCUGUCGAGUUUCAAUUUACAUAAGCAGCGGGGCAUACGUGAGCGGAAUAUUGGUUUAAAGGACAAGGAACGAUAUGAUGAGCUCAACACUCUGGAGAGAAGUUGAAAGAUAGGUUUAAUUGCUUCAUGCAUUACUGCCAUGUGAAAGAAACGUGCAGCUGUGGAAGAUCGAAACGGCUGCGUAAGUUUCUACAGAAGAUAAUAGUGGCUGUGGUUUUGAAGAACUGAUCUCUUUGUGUAGAGUUUUGUAGGCCCAGAAGGUAGAGUUAGGAAUAGAACUCUCCAUAAAUCUUGAAAUAUUUAUUCAGCUUAGAUGGAAAACGAUCGCGUCCAAGUGUAUGUACUAUUCAGCAUUGACAACCAUCUGUACAUCACUACCAAAGAAUCACCGUGAUCUCCACCGUUGAAUGCUCAUUAGAAAAGAGGGAUCGAAUGCGAAUACCAAUAUAUCGCCCGACUAGAAACUUUUACCAGCGCGUGGUCAACAUUUUGGUGUGAUCGACAGGCGUUCAUUUCUUCUGUUAGGUUCUUGUCGACAAAUACAUACUCCUUUAAAUUUUUAGCAUCAACAUUUAGUACAUGCAAAAAUGCCCGAGAAACUGCGUAAAGCUACAUUUAGGUCACAUAGGUCUAUGUAGACUGAUAAGUGACACAUAUUUCAUUCACUGCUAAAAUUCAUUGCUCACAUGAUGGGAAACAUCACCUAAGAGUUUUGCUAUUGUAUGUCGUGCUACAAAAGGCUGGCAGCCAGUAGCAAAGUCUGCGCAUUAAUUGUGAAGAACAAAUCUUAUGGCUGAAGUGUUUCAAAUCCUUCUCUGACAAGUAAACAUUGAGCUAUACCUGCUUAAAACAGUCGUAAAACAAACUUCACGCUUUGCGAGAGUCUGAGUCUUGAAUGUUUCUUGAAGGUUUCUUGAAGAAACCUUGAAUGUUUCUUAAUCAAGCAGUCAAACGUACCUUCGGGAGCGCAUCAUGUUUCCAUGAGGUCAUUUUCAACAAGAACGUUUGCAAGUCCCAAUGAAAAAUUUGGACCUCUACCACCUGAGCAGGUGAGCGACAUCAGCGCUUUUUCGGGAGCUAAUCAGUGGCUUACUUCACGAUGUGUGCAUGGGCUUCAGUAUGCAGAUGAUCUUGGCUAACCAGGGACAAGUUUUCAACAUGCCAUUUAGUAUAUUGGCUUAUGUUAUCAAAUAUGCAAAGUCAGGAUCUCUAGUAUGGCAUUGCACAUUCCUGUAUUCAACAAAAUUAUGAAGUAUGUUGUUCGAGAACACUGCCAUAAUCCUGCCACAACGCCUGCAUGAAAAAAUAGUGCUGAAACUCUAUACAGGAAACAGAAGAAGAUCCUCGAUAAAACGCUGAAAACAGCGAAAGAGGCCACUGUAUACGUCUUAAUAAGAACCCCCAGCUAGACAUUGGAAUACCACGCUUACUUCAGAAAAAAGCCAGACGAGCAGUUGUAACAUUUAGGUCUUAUAAAUAUAUGUCCUUAUAAUGCAACCCCAGAUUUUUUUUCGACCAGUGUGACAAUAACAGAACGCAAACCUUUUGAAAAUGAACAAUAGGUCGAGCAACAACACUGCUUUCUCUGUGGCUUGAACAGCGCGCUCAAAUGAGUGACUGCUAACGCGAUCCUCUCCAAUACAAUUUCCUUGCUUGAAGCUUCGAAGCAGCUCUCCAUGGCGCGUAAUUCUAUAAGGUGCAUUCCUCCGACCACAUCUGCAGAACCUAGCCGACGCUUCGUUUCCCCGAGACCACGUUUAUCCAAAGUCCCACGUUAGAUAACGCGAGCGUCUCAAUGUGAAACUUUUCCGAGUAGACGGCGGCGGCGAAUGGUGUACUGCUUAGUACCUCACGUUUACAUCGUGUUAGAAUCUUGAACGACUCGCGACGUCUUCUUGAGGUAAUGGCCAGGCGUGUGCUGAUCUACGACGUUUGGCUGAGCUCAUCCGCGCUCACGUUUACAUCGUGCUAGAGUCUUGAACGAUUCACGACGUCUUCUUGAGGUAAUGAUCAGGCACGUGCUACGCUACUACGUUUGGCUGAGCACAUCCGCGAUGACGACGCCGUCCAUGCCAGACGCGGCAGAAGACCAGCGACGACCUGCGACAGUGAAGUGCUGGCUCCGUACUGCUGCAUGAAGCGGCACCUGCCUCGCCGCCAGGGCGGCUGCUGUCGACGGUUGCUGCGACUUCGCGAGGAGAACGCCCGCUUCGUGCUUCUCGGCGUGGUGCUUCUCGUGUACAUGAUUCUAGGCGCCCUGCUCUUCAGGGCCAUAGAGGGACCCGGGGAAGUGGAGGCCCGCGAACGUUACAACCAGGUGCUGCGCGACUUUUGGCUCAAGUACAAUGGCACGGUGGACCCGGAAGACGUGGUCCGGCUCCUCGAGGAGCACGGCAACGCGUCCUCCCGGAAUUUGCUUCCGAGCAAGAGGCCCCGCUGGGACUUCGUCGGAGCCUUCUACUUUGUCGGGACCGUGGUGUCCACGAUCGGCUUCGGCAUGACGACUCCGUGCACGUGGGCCGGCCGGAGCCUGGUGCUGGCGUACGGCUUUCUGGGCUGCUCGGGCGCCAUUCUCUUCUUCAACCUGUUCCUGGAGCGCAUUAUCACGCUGCUUGCGUGCCUGCUCAAGGCUCUGCACGAAAGGGACUUACGAAGGCGAGGGCUGCUCGACCGGAGAGACUCACAGCUGUCUUUCGAUGACCGGCUGGACGAUUGGAAGCCCUCGGUGUACUGGGUGAUGCUGUGCCUGUUCGUGGCCACUGCAUUGCUCUCGGCCUCGGCGUCGGUGCUCUACGCUCGCACCGAACAGUGGGGAUACCUGGAGUCGUUCUACUUCUGCUUCGUCGCCUUCUCAACCAUCGGCUUCGGAGACCUGGUGCCCGGGCAGAAGCUCUCUUUCAGGGCGUCCUCCGCGACGGCGAAUGUCACUACCGAGGACGAUGACGACGUCUCCAGUGAGGCCGAGGUCACCGAUGCCGCUGGACUUCUGGAGCUGCAGGUGACAAGCUGGUACCACGUGGCAAAUUUCCUCAUCUUAUCAGCGGGUUGCUGCUGUAUCUACAGCCUCUUCAACGUCACAUCCAUCGUCAUCAAGCAAUUACUGAAUUGGCUUAUCCGCAGGCUUGACUGCACCUGCAGACUAAAGCGCAAGACGGGACAGAAACCAAACAGGUUCCGACGCAACGCCUUGACACCGGCUCAACUUCGCGUGCAAGCCAAAGCCGCGGCCAGGAGCGGCGUCAAGUCGUCCCGGAGGUCGUCCGGAAAGACGGCUAAUGACACGACUGCGGCCGCGGACUCCGACUCGGACGCCGACUCAACGUACGACUCGGACAACGAGCGAGGCCACACUGGCGAGCUGAUUUGCAUGUCGGACCUGCUCAGAGCCAACAAGGUCUCCCUGGCCAUCAUGCAAAAACAGCUGUACGAGACAGCGCAGCGCGGUGGUGCUCCCAUGCUGCUACCACCGAGGGCGCUGCAGGACAAGGAUGCGUUCAAGCCCGGCUCGGUCGGACCCCUGGCCAUAGUGUCCCAAAAGUUUGGCGACGGCAACGUGUGACCAGAAUGACAAGACACCGUUCCCUUACAGACACCGUGCCAACAGGCGUCACACCUAACUGCAGGAGGAAGACACGCUCAAGUCUGUUGCAGUCAGUCCAACGGCCAGUGUCAUAAAAUGUUCGACCAUUGCAAAGUAUGACGACAAUGACCAUUGAGGCCACCUUUGCCACAACAUAGUUGAAAGACAAGGGCGUAUUCAAGACUUCCCUCGGGUCGCAGUGUCGAAACGUUUGGAGAUGGUCACGUAUGAUCAUAAUGACCACAAGUGCGUUGUCACCAAGACGCGUCAUGCAUAGUUGCAGAAUUAAGGACGUGUUAGAGCCCUCUCAGUCAGCCCUUAGGCUAUACUGUACCAAAAAUUUGGUGACGGUAAUUUAUAACCAAGAUAGCCAAAGGCGCCUCGUUGUCACCAUAUAUAGUUGAAAAACAAGGACUUGCUUAUGUGGGCCCUCUAGUUGUAGCGUACCAAGGGCUUAGCAACUGCCACAUUUGACCAGAAUGAUCCCAGUUGCCAUAUUUGUCACCAAGAUACGUUAUGGCUGGUUGCAAAAUGGGAGGCGGAAAUGUGUUGCAGACGGCCUGAUUUCAAAAGCAUGCUGGAGUGCUUUACUGUGAUCAUGUAUGAGCAGAAUGAUUCGAAACGCCACAUUCUCCACCAAGAAACAUCAUGCCUGGCUGAAGCGCGAAGAACACGUUUAGGCCCUGUCACUUGGCCCUUAGGCAAUUGUAACCCAAAAGUUCGGUGAUGGCAAUGAAUGGCAGGAAUGACGAGACACAUCCUGCCUUUGUGAUGAUUACCCGUCAGGACCUAUUUCCAGUACCAAGGGCACGUUCAAGUCUGCCUUUAGUUAUGAUGUCCCAAAGGUAUGGCGAAUGCUAUGCCUGACCUCAACACAUACGCUAUAUUUGGGGCCGAUACACGUCACACAUAUAGUGUAGCAGAAGAACUAGGAAACGUUGCAACAGAAAGACUAGAAUACCUGAUGCUUUCGGUGCUCUCAGCAUGGUGUUCUAAACGUUUGGUGACUGUCACUUAUGGUCAAAACAAUUAAUUCCGCUGUGUUAGCCAUCAGGAGCCGACCGGCCUAAUUCAACAAGGACAGAUUGAUGUUUUGCGAAGCCGGACUUCUAACCACAGUGUUUGAAAUGUUUGGUCACUCGUGAGCAGAGUGACCUAAGUGAGCUAUCUUGGCCACCAGUAGAUGCCUCGCCCAGUUGCAGAACAAUGACACUCAUGACUGGUUUAUUCCGCCCUUUGAAAAUAGUGCACUAAAAGUUCAGCGAUGGUCAAGUAUGACUAGAUUACCCAGAGGUUUCCAUGGUUUCCAUUCCGAUAGUUCGCUCCAGACCUGGAAGAUCCAAGACUAGCCGCGCACAUUGGCCUUGAUCAGCUUGUUUUCGGCUAUGAAGCAUCAAACAUUGCCGGAAGUACCACAGAAUUUGAGAUGUCCCUUUGGUGUUUGCGGAGAAUCUAAAUAUACUUUUCCAGCAUUAUUAGAAGCAGGACCUAGCUAGGAGUCUAUCAAUGAGAUCUAGUCAUGCCUGCAAAAAGAACGCACGAGAUGUCACCGAUGUAGUUUCUCUCUCUGUCAUGAUAUAGCGAACAGCGCCGCCACCAGCGCUAAGCGAAGACACACCGGCGGGUUAAAGCCCUGUGCACUCCGAGAUGCUUGUUCUUUUUUUUUCAUAGCAAUGGCACCCCUAGCAACCACGGACAUAACACUCAAGUAGUAACUCUCAAUGAGGAAAGUGCGGACCUUAGUUCCGAUAGUUCCAGCUUCUCCAAGCCGAGAUGAUAGAAAUAUUGACGGAAGCAUGCCCCACAGGUACAACCUACAUCAUAGUUGUUUGCUUAUGCCGCGUGCGUGAGAAAUCAUCUCAUCUUAAGCAACGACGUCUGUGUAGCAUCUGAUAAUAUACAGCAUUGUUUGACAAAUAACGUUUCGCCAUCUCCUUACGUGAAAGGUAACACGGCUACAUGCCGUUCUCGAUCGCCUUUCUUGUGAUACGGCCACGGGUCGUAAGUAAUUCGGAGUACUUCAGAUUCUACCAGUGGUACCAGUAUCAAAUACCGUUGUUUUGCGAAGUCACUCACUAAAGGGAAGUUUAAUCUGUUCCAUAAGCAGCGUAAUAACAAAGCUAGCUUCCCGUGAGUGUGUGCAUCAAUUGGGGAGAUAGAUUCAGUGGCACUACAGUCUAGAGACAAGUGUAAGAAGCCUAUAAGUAUUACUGUUUGUACCUUCUUACCGAGAGAGUGCAUUUAAAAUUGUGUCUUUCACUUUGAAUGUGACACAGCCUGGUUAUUCAAAAGGUCAUAAAUAAUUUAUGUCAGAGCUACGCGAUAACGCAAUAAAAGGUGCGCACAAAUGCGUUAGUCAUGCAACUUGUGUCGGAAUACCACAAAAAAGAAACAUUACUUAUUAUCUAAACAAUAUAUCAAUAUCUAGCGCUAUAGUACUACAAUUCGAAUGCGGCACACUGCAAAAAUAACCCAUCCUUCACAUUUAAAUCCCAAAUAGUUCUGAUUUUUCUGCUUUCGUGGUGCAUACUAUGGUUCCUCCCUAGUGUUUGUGUUUUUAUUUUCCUCAAGUCAGUCGAUUUGCGAAAACAAAAAAUAAACUGAAUGCCGAUACAAUGUAGCCGUAUUUAAAGCGGGAAACUUCACGAAGUUGCCGUUGAAUAGUAUGUGACUCAACGGGCGUGAAUUGGAGACCGCACAGACUUUGUUGCUUUUGGAAGUGAUUGAUUGGCUCAGUGUAUAGGCUUGCAGUUGCGCUAAUUCGAGCCUGACACCUGGAUAGCCAUUGAACACAGUUCCUCAAAGGCCGGAUGACAAAACUACCGACUGUUCAUCCCGCUGUUAUGUAGCAGCACAACGUGCAGGGAAUAGUAAGCGUAGCUAAAUGAAAAUGUUUCUGUUCACAGCAGCGCUAGAAGCCGAGUCGGUUGACUAUGGGCAUUGAGAAAGGGAGGCUAAAGGUAACAAGAGCGGCAAUGGCAUAGAGCUAAAGGGGCGUUCUAGCAUGACUUUUCUGGAAAACAUUUGAAUCGAUAUUUGCGAAUCGCGAAAUAUUUAUUCAGAAAUUCAGAAGAAAACUUCCAGAUGUUUUACGAUGGGUUAUUCACCAUCUAUGCAGACAACCAGCUGAACUACUGACUAACUUAUCGCUGAAUGAAAGAGCGGUUGGACAGAGCACUUAUUAUCAGAAAUCUGACACUAUCGUUGCAUGAACUCCAUAAAAUCCUGCAAAAAGCAUACAAGUACGGACCUAAAGCGGCUCCUAUUCAAACAGGAUAGUAUUAGCAAUUCAAUCGAUAGUGGAAGCGAUCAACAGUGGCAUUUGCCUUCGUCAGGACAACAACAGUUUAUUGGAACGUGGGAUCGAGGCUGGUGAUUUGACCCACUCCUGAUGAACAAGACUCAAGGAUGCAAAUUUACGUUUUUUUAUCACUAGGAAAGCCUGUGAAAACAAUGCACCCAGAAAGUAAAAUGAGAGAAGCUUAUCAAGACGUCAGGAGCUGUUCGAAUCAUGCCUGACGAAAGACAACAGAGAGACUAAUGGUGGGGGAAAAAGAACAGCGCCAACAAUAGCUGCAGGCAAAGUGACUUCCAGGAGAGCUGAGCAGGCGGAAUCGAGACAGUAUGCAAAUACAAUGGUCAGCCAAAGGCGUGACGUUAAGACUACAUCUUUUUCAAGGAGAGACUCCGGGACGACCCCGAGGACAAUCCAUUUGUUGUGCGCGUGCUCCAUGUAUGGUACAUGUGCUUCAAACGAAAGAGAUUGUUCACAGGAAGCCAAGAACCUCAGGUAAUUAAUAAUGGGUGAACGAGGAAAACAUUACCUCCUUAUUUUCGAACGUUGGCUCCGUCGACGCAACACCUCGACCGAACUGCUUUGAUGGUAGUGCUGCCUUUAUACUGGUUUGCCACUGGGCGUCACUGAUUAGCUACAACUAUUUCUGAAUAAAACUGACUGACUGAGAUGCUCUCGGUGUCUACUCGAAUGCACUGGAGUUAAAAUGUGCCUCUGAAGAAACUCCUUUCCGUACGGAAUCACUGUAGAGUGUUAUUGAAGCACAGUAGAGAUACAAUUUCCAGUCCAUGUCCAUUUGGGAAUAUCAGUAUUAGCCAGGAGCCAACGUGUCGACAAGGGCACUGGUCCUCGUCAAAUCUGAAGAAAGUUCUCCGUUGAUUACCUACAAGGAGCUGAUAGUGACAAUAACUCCAACGCAUUCGGGUAGAUGCUUUGAGUACCUCAUUAUUAAAAAUCUGGAGGUCGCUUUAGCUUCGCCAUUUAGAGUGGAACGCGAUAGCAUUCAAACUACUUCUGACACUUCCCGGCCACUGCAGCUUAUGUAACCGUAUUGUUUAUCGGGAAACGCUGGUGACGAACGGCAUGCACGAAGGCAAGCUUUCUGGUAGAAGCGCGGCCUCUUGCAUUGGCUGAUACAGGAGGUAGUGCAAAGCCACGCCAAAAAAAUAUCAUUUUCAGGUCUCUGUUAUUGUUUCGCACUUUUAAUAUUUAAGCCUGAGAACAUUUAGCAUGAAAGGCACGCGCUUUCGGUGUUUUGUUUGAUGGCAUUUGUCUGUAGACUGUCAUUCAAAAAAUUCCGAAGAAUAACUUUGUCCAGAUUGUAAUAGAAGGUAUGAGCAACUUUAGAGAUAGAAUGUUGCGGCAAUAUAAGCCGCAUAUACCGCAUGUCAUAUAGCUAGGCGAGGCGUAUACGUGUACCUAAAUAUAUACGCAAAUUGUCGCUCAGGGACAACACCACCGAUGCCGGCACCGACACCAGAUAUUCUGUGACACGGGAACGUUAAAGCUAUCGGGUUAAUCUUUGAGCAAUAUCUGUAGCGGUUGAGCCACUGAAACGCAGUGAAGGUUUCUGUCUAGAGGUGGCACCACAGUUUACGUUUUUGAGUCGAGGUGGAGUGUUGAGCGGAUGGCUGAGGAAGACAAGUUGCCUUGUCGAAAUGUCGGGUCUAGUUGAGGCUUCCUUUGUUCGGCCACUCCUGAAGAGGCAAGCUGCAAGAUUUGACGUCAGUGUAGUUUUAUCGGAUGGAGAGUGUGUGCGCGCUAAGACACUUCGAAGCGUGGACGUUUAAACUGGUACCGCACGUCGCCAUUGGCCCUGACAAAGGAAAGGACGCCUGUGUGUGUUUACGUGUAUAUAAUAAAGAAGCGAGUGAUAACAGAAGCAAAGACUGAUUAGUUUCAA